AUGAGUUUUUUUGUACCAGCCGCUCACAUAUACAUAAAGAACAAGACGACAAAUGUCCACUUAUCAAGCGAUUCAUCUAGAAGAGAUACACGUACGGAGUUCCGUCGUCUCUAUGGGGAAUUGAAUCCGCAAGACCCACGAUUGAUCGCUUUGCUAUCUUCUUUAAUACCAGAUGCCUUACAAGAACAAUUGUCUCAAAAACCUGAGGAAGGGUGUACUCAAGAGUUUAUCGAUUCAUUACCAAGGGUGCCCAUCACUACAAUCAAGAAGGACGAACUUUGUUCAAUUUGUUUCGAAAACUUUCAUGACGAUGAAUACCCUUUAGUGGUGAAAUUACCUCAUUGUGGACAUAUGUUUGAUUUACAAUGUAUCGCAGUAUGGCUAGGCUUGAAUACGACUUGCCCUGUCUGUAGAGAUAAUGUUAUGGAACAACAGGAUAAGUUGAAGGGACUCGAUACUUCCAAAGCCGAGUUGGAGGAAGACUGGGGUAUGUACAGCUAA